AAAAAUAACAAGAAAAGGACUCAAUCGAAAAAAUUAAAAAGUUGAGGAUGAAAUCUACUAAAACAAAUCUACAAAUCCACCCCAAUAUUGAGCCCAUCAACAAUUUUCAUAGCCCAGCCCAUCAAAACCCUAGUUUCCCCUCUUUUAAGGUGUGAAAGAAACGGCAGGCCAAAAAAAAAAGAAAAGAAAAGACACACAGAAAGCCUCUCGAUUUUUCUCCCCUCUCCCUUUUGCAGAUCUGCGAUGGCCACCAUCACCCUUGUUCCUUCACCUCCGACCUUUACCAUCUCCCUUCUCCCUUACCAUCACCCUCGUUCCUUCACCUCCGACCUUCACCAUCUCCCUUCUCCCUUCUGCAGAUCUGCGACGGCCACCAUCACCGCUGUUCCUUCACCUCCAACCUUCACCAUCCUCUUGCUAGCUAAUCGUGACGCUCAUCUCACCAAUCACCAAGAAGACGAUAUAGAUCUAGCCGGAAGCCCCUUGGGACUCUGACCUUGACAUCUUCUUGCGUCUCAUCAUCGUCACUGCCUCCACCUUCAUCACCGGUAAGGAGAGGGGUUCGGCAGCCACCAGAAAGGGAGGAUCUCUCUUCUUCAAAAAAAUCUGAAGUGGUUGUCACUUGAAGUGGUUGUCACUUGAAGUGGUUGUCAACACUGCCGGUACGCCGGAAUACCGGGCGGAAUACCGAGAUUUGACCGAAAUGAGCGAAAUUUGACCGAAACGAAAUUAAGCUUCAUACCGUUUCGGUGCAAUGAAAAAUCCGGUACAUACCGGCCAUACCGGCCGGUACGAAACGGUAUUAACUUCUUUGGUUUUUCAUACUCAAUAGACGUCAAAUCAAAGGCUCUCUAAUUU